AUCACACUCACGGCUCAGUGGCUCACCGUAACACCGACCCUAUGUCUGUUCAAAUAAGUUAACUGGACAGUAGAGAGGAGUCCCAUCUACAGUUUAAAUUUUUAGAACACUCUAAACCUAUGAUCAAAUAAUGUAGUAAGAGAGUGUCUGCGUAAUGAACACUGAGAAAAUGUAGCAAAAGGUGUGGAAGAAAACAUGCAAAACACACCCAUCACUUAAAACCACUCUUGGUGAGUCACCAUAUACGCACCGCUCUCUCUCUCUCUCUACUGGCGCGCCCAUGCUUAACCCACCACCUUUGUAUCUUGUACAUUGUAUAUAAAUAGUGAUGUGUGUUUAUUAUUAUUAUUCAAUCACAAAUCCUUUUACUUACUUUCUCAGAAAUUCCUUAACUAUAAAAAAAUAUUGGGUCACUAUAAGCAGCCAUCAUGGCUAGAGUGAUGCUAUGGUUUCUUGUUUCCUUGUAUCUAUGCCUCAUUGGUCAUAUGAUUAGCGAGGCUGCAAGAGAAGGUGCCUCCAUGAGGAAUGAAGCACUCUCCAGUGAGAUAAAAAGAGAAAGUGCGCUCAUGAGGAAUGAUGCACACUCCAGUGAGAAAGGAAAGAAGAGUGUCCGACACGUAUCCGGAUUUAAGGGUGAGCUCACAGCUGGUGGUUAUGGAGGGGGAGGCCCAGGCUACGGUGGUGGAUACGGGCCAGGUGGUGGUGGUGGUGGUGGUGUUGUGAUCGGUGGUGGAUUUGGCGGUGGUGCUGGGUAUGGGUCCGGUGGUGGUUUAGGUUGGGAUGGAGGCAACGGAGGAGGCGGUCAGGGAUACGGGUCAGGUGGUAUCGGAGGUGGAGUCGUCAUUGGCGGUGGAGGUGGUGGGUGUGGCGGUUCAUGCGGUGGUGGCGGAGGAGGAUAUGGACACCACGGAGCCAGCAUGAAGGAAUCAGGCAAAAACUAGAAGAAAACAAAACAUGCAGCUUUCUUUAGGUCGUUUUCGGACGAAGAAUAAGGAUGAUGUAGUUUAGCAUCUUGACCAUGUUUAGGAGUUUGUAAUGGCAUCACUUCUAAUGGAAUAAAGAACCUAAUAGUUUCUGCAAAAAAAA